AUGGCGAAGCCUCCUGGUCGAAUACACUCCCGGGAGGUUUGGGAAGGCUACCGGGAGCUGAUCCACAAUCUCUAUCUGAAGCAGAACUGGAAGUCCCAAGAGGUGACAGAUUUUCUGAACGACAACUACAGCCUUGCUAUAACUGACCGGCAGGUGAAAACCAAGAUCAAAGACUGGAAAUACAAUCAAAAGAGAACAUGUGCUCCGUUUUAUCGAGCAAUGUUAGUCGUGUCAAAUCAUCGACGAGAUAUCAAUGGCUUGAGUACUGUUUUCCAAGUCCCGAAGAAGGAUACCAGGGUAGAGGUCCCCACUAAGAGGAUCAAAAAGGAAGUGGAGAGGCAGAAAGAGUUAGUGGACUUGCCUUCCAUUGAGGAAGCAGAGAGGCUCCUGCUCACUAAAGGCUACACAUGGGGCACUCCCAACCCUUUGUAUAGUACAGAAUGUCUUUACCCAACUCUCCAAGACCACAUGAAUUUUGACGUUGAUCGGUCUGAUCUCUGGGACUGGGUGACAAGCGACGAGGAGGAGGGUGAGCGAGAGGAUGAGCAUGGUGCACCUACUACAGCCGAACAGUAUCAGCCUUACCCACCACUACAUGUUGCCGCAGAUCCGUCGAUGGACCGUUUGAGUCUGGCAGGCGAACAGAAAAUGCAUGUGAGUCAAUGGGCUGGCCCAUGGUUCUGGCAUGCUUUCGGUAAUGGACUUGCACUACCAACUAGCAAGUCAGAUGCGAUAGAUAUCUUGAAACGAUUGCUAAGAGAGCAGCCGGACAAUCAGUAUAUUUUCCCCUGCUUGAGCUGGAUGAUUUUGAUACUGGGAUCCAAUGGCAAGCACGCUGAGUUGAAAGAAUUUCUCACGGCGAGCUGUGCGGUCAUUGACGAGGAAACAAAUCAAAACCUAUUGUACAGCUCAAUAUUUCACUAUGCUCUUGCGGUUCGGGAGAAGAACACUCAUGACAAACGCAAAUACGGCGAAAACUUUGCACGCCUGCAUGAGCCAAUGAAGCUGGUCUGGCGGAGCGAUCAUCCCAAUGUCUUGGUCAAUCUAACAUUUUGGGCAUGGUACCUGCUUGAUGAGCAACGAUAUCCAGAGGCCAUCGAGCUCUUGGAAGGCUCUCUCCCUUCGUUCGAACGUGUUAUGGGCAGGCAUGAUCUCCUGGCAAUAAAUUGUCGCACCAUCCUCUCUCGUGCAUACGAGGACACAAGAAACUAUCCACAAGCCAUCUUCCAUCUUGAGCAAGCCCUCCAAUUCAUGGGCAAUCAUCGGCGAGAACUUGAUGCAUUCAGUUUUGAACUUCAUGGUAGACUUGCAGAUCUGAAGAAGCACAAUGGGGACCUUGCUUCGGCGGAGCAACAUCUACGAUACUGCAUUCAAGGCCGAAUGCAGACAUUCGGACUCCGGGACCAGUCGAUCUGGUACUUCAUCAAUUUGCUGUGUGGAUUGUUGGGCGACACUGGGCGAGGCCGAGAUAUUGACCAACUACUAGUGGACCUGCAGCAACGC